UUAGUCACGGAUACCUCCGGCAUUGUGAUGAAGAGGUGUGUGCAGAACAUCAGCGUAUGUUUUCAUUGGAACGCUGGAGGUGGGCGCGGCAAAGGCAUUUAUAGCUGUAGCAACUCACACCAAGCGUGCGUCUACUGUCUCGACGAAGUUCAAGAUUUCAGCAUGCGACAAGUGGACUUGGAAAUUGGCGAAAAUCUGGAGCGCCACCGGACGGCGGGCUUCAGCCACGCCAAAGCUCUGGUGGUCCGAAGAGGGGCGCCGUUCAGAGUCAGCCUGCCCAUGAAGGCUCGCCCUUUUGACGCCCGCACCUACACCCUCAGGGUCAAAGUCAUGCUCGGCCCCCUGUACGUGACCAUGCCCGUGACUUUCUCGAAAAAGCCUCCUUCAUCUCGCUGGGGGGCCUUCAUGGACCCCAAGUGCCUGGACGUGAGCAAGCCCUCCGUGUUCAUCUGCGCCCCCGCCUCGGCCUCGGUGGGCCGCUACACCUUCAAGCUGUUGGCGUUGGCUCAAGACCACAAGUUUAUCUUUUCGGGCAAAUUCAUCCUGCUCUGCAACUCCUGGUGUCGUGCUGAUAGCGUCUUCAUUCCCUUCGAGGACCAGAGGGAGGAAUACAUCCAGAAUGACUCGAGUUUGCUCUUCAUGGGGACGGCUACGAAUGUCGUGUGCAGACCGUGGUCCAUGGACCAGUUUGAGCCAGAUGUUCUGGAAGCGUGUCUCAACAUGCUCAAUGUCAGCCCUCAGCACCAACACAAUAAGAAGUUGGACUACCUGUACCGCAACAACCCGGUCUACAUCAGCCGGGUAGUUUCAGCCAUGAUCAACUGCGAGGACGACCGCGGCGUGCUGAAGGGCAACUGGUCGGGCGACUUCAGCGGCGGAGUCCACGCGUCCACGUGGACCGGCAGCGGAGACAUCCUGAGGAGCUGGGCUCAGUCCGGCUACCGUCCGGUCAAGUACGGCCAGUGCUGGGUGUACGCCGCCGUCAUGUGCACAGUCAUGCGGGUCCUCGGCAUUCCUUGCCGCGUCAUCACCAACUUCAACUCGGCUCACGACACCAACGGCAAUCUGGUCAUCGAGGAAUUCUACAGCGAGACGGGAAAGAAGUUGAAGAGCACCAAAGACUCCAUAUGGAACUUCCACGCGUGGGUGGAGUGUUGGAUGACUCGCCGGGAUUUGGGUGCGGACAUGGACGGCUGGCAGGUUCUGGAUCCCACCCCGCAGGAGAGGAGCAGAGGUGUAUACUGCUGCGGGCCGGCUCCCGUCAAGGCCAUCAAGGAGUGCCGCGUCAACCUCCUCUACGACAUCCCCUUUGUGUACGCCGAGGUGAACGCCGACGUCCACACGUCGGUGGUGAGCCAGGGCCGCGUGGUGAGCCGCGCCGUGGACACGGAGAGAGUGGGGCCGCUCAUCUGCACCAAAGCUGCGGGAUGCCCCAGGAUGCACAACGUCACCGGCGACUAUAAAAACAUCAAAAGCCCCUUUUCAACACUCUCAUCAAGCUCAGAGAGCUCGACGCUAAGGCGAGGCACGGACAAAAUGGCUGCCGUCCUGACGCUGGAUAAAACUCCCGUGGCCGGCGCGGUCAUCCGCUUCACCUUGAAAGUCAUCAACAGGCAGCGCGUGGCCAAGAUGUUGAAGGUCCACCUCAACGCGCAGACCAAAGAGUACAACAGCAGCCCCGCGGACACUUUCUGGGAAGACCACAGCCUCGUACGACUCGGCCCCUUGGAAGCGAAGCUUAUGAAGCUGCAGAUCCUUCCGGGCCAGUACGAGGACGUGGUGGGGGACGACCUGGUGAACCUGGCGGCGGUGCUGGAGGACGUGGCCACUCACGAGCGCGUGCUGGCCGUCGAGGAGUUCAGCGUGGCCACCCCAGAGCUCCUCAUAAAGAUCGAAGAGGAGGAUAACGUGACACUGAACCAGGAGCAGAGCGCCAUCGUGACCUUCACUAACCCGUUCUCGCAACCCGUAAGCGGCGUGCUGAACGUGUCCGGCGCCGGCCUCCUCCGAGGCCACGCCAACUUCAAGAUGUUCCCGCUGCAUCCAGGAGGAAGCGGAGAGCAACGCAUCACCUUCGUCCCCAGCAUGACGGGAACGAAGAUGCUUCAGGCCUCGCUGAGCCUCUCAAACCGGUCCAGUGUCAGAGGAUUCAAGAUGGUCUCCGUCCGCCGUCUUUAAAAAGUUUUUUUUUUUUUAGAUUAAAUAUUUCAGUUCAGUGUAUGGAAUGCUAAAUGACUAAGCGAUGGAAGGUUAUUAAUAAAAUUCAAUCAUUUGAACCUCGUUCAUGGAUUUGAUGUUUUCUAUUUUUAUUUUAUUGUCUAAUUAACGUAUUUGUAAAUGUAUAUUCCGUUUUUGUUUCAGUAGUCCUUUCAAAUGUAUAUUUCACUUAAUAAUUCUAUAACGUAUAUAGAAAUAUAAAUGCUAUUUGUGUA